AUGUCAGCAAUCGGAGUAGUGUCCUCCUGUUCCUGUCUCUGUCCUGGUGUGUGGCUGCUGAAACCAGGCAUGCAGAAGUUGAGCUCUGUCGCCUUACACACGGCAGCCAGGUGUGCUGCCAAGGAUUAUUAUGAAGUCCUUGUGUUGGGUGGAGGCGCUGGUGGAAUCACCAUGAGUGCUCGGAUGAAGAGGAAAGUGGGGGCAGGAAACGUGGCUGUUGUUGAGCCGAGUCAGACUCAUUACUACCAGCCGCUGUGGACCCUGGUUGGCGGUGGUGCAAAGCAGCUGGCAGCUUCUGCGCGUCCAACCGGAAGCGUAAUGCCUGCAGGCGUCGAGUGGAUCAAAUCUCGAGUUACAGCGUUGGAUCCCGACAAGAACUGCGUCUGGCACUAGAAUGAUACCAAGGUAUCGUACAAGUAUCUGAUAAUUGCCCUUGGGAUCAGUCUGCAUUACGAAAAGAUCAAAGGCUUGCCUGAGGGUUUUCAUCACCCCAAAAUAGGUUCCAAUUAUUCAGUUCAUACAGUAGAGAAAACGUGGAAAGCUUUGCAGGAUUUCAAGGAGGGAAAUGCUAUCUUCACUUUUCCAAAUACUCCAGUGAAGUGUGCAGGGGCUCCUCAGAAGAUCAUGUAUUUAUCAGAGGCCUACUGGAGGAAAACAGGCAAACGUUCCAAAGCGAACAUAAUGUUCAACACUUCACUUGGCGUCAUUUUUGGUGUGAAGAAGUAUGCUGAUGCCUUGCUUGAAAUAAUAAAGGAGAGGAAUAUCGCUGUUAACUACAAGCGCAACCUGGUAGAAGUGCGAGCAGACAAGCAGGAAGCUGUCUUUGAAAACUUGGAUAAACCCGGAGUGACUGAAGUUCACCAGUAUGAAAUGCUUCACGUCACCCCCCCGAUGGGGCCACCCGAUGUGCUCAUCAACAGUCCUGUCUCGGAUGGAGUUGGCUGGGUGGAUGUAGACAAAGAAACCCUACAACACAAGAAGUACCCUAACGUGUUUGGCAUUGGAGACUGCACCAACCUUCCAACAUCAAAAACUGCUGCAGCUGUAGCUGCCCAGUCUGGAGUGCUUGACAAAACUAUCUCCCUGGUAAUGAAGAACCAGUUGCCAACUAAAAAGUAUGACGGAUAUACUUCCUGCCCGCUAGUAACGGGCUACAACAAGGUCAUUCUCGCAGAAUUUGACUACGAUGCGCAGCCUCUGGAGACCUUUCCCAUCGACCAGAGUAAGGAGAGAGUAACCAUGUACCUUAUGAAAGCGGAUAUGAUGCCUUUUCUCUAUUGGAACGCACUACUUAAGGGCUACUGGGGAGGACCAGCUCCCGUCAGGAAGCUAAUGCAUCUGGGCCUGAAGUAA